UGUUUUAGUUUUUGUCAAUGUGAAAUCUGAGAGCCAUUUUCCAUGUUUUGGUUCUGUUUUCCAAUGGAAAAGUGGCUGGAAGCAGUGACCACAUCAAUACUUUAUUCAGAAAAUAUUAAAUAAUAGUUCCCCUCUUGAUGCUAUGCCAAAUUAAAGUCAAACAUUCUAGAUUGCUGAUUAGCAUUUUCAACUUCAAACCUUUCAGUUUGCAACCUUGCUCAUCUUCUUUCCAACAGAAGCUGAUUUGAUAACUCUGUUUCUUCCAGCCCUUGACCAUAUCUUGUAGACUAUGGGAGGCUUGUGCUCUGUCUCGAUUUCGAUUGAGAAUACCAUCUCCUUUUGUUGCAAUCACGCAGCAAAGCAUGCGAGUUAUGCUUGCAGACUAGGGAAACAUUUAGAUGUUCUGGAAACCAAAAUGGAAGAAUUAAAAGCAUUAAGAAAUGAUGUGAAGAGGAGAGUUGAGAUUGCUGAAAGGCAACAUAUGAAGCGUCUUGACCAAGUUGAAUGGUGGCUUUCAAGGGUUGAAGCAUUGGAAGGAGAAGUUGAAGAUUUGAUGAAGGAAAGUGUUAAUGAAAAGAAAUGUCCUGGAUGUUGCUACCCCAAAAAUUGCUGGGCCAGUUACAAGCUAGGACAAAAGGCUGCUGAGAUGUUAAAAAAGGUGAGAAGACACAGGAAGAAAGGACAAUUUGAAAGGGUGGCUGAAACACUACCUCCAGCACCAGGGGAUUUAAAGCCUUGCGAACAUACUGUGGGUAUGGAGUCCAUGAUUGCAACUGUCUGGAAUUGCCUCAGUGAAGAGCAAGCAGUAAUCAUUGGCUUAUAUGGAAUGGGAGGCAUUGGCAAGACUACUCUGUUGACUCAAAUCAACAACAUGCUCCUCAGCCUUCCCAGCAAUGUUGAUUUUGUGAUCUGGGCAGUAGCUUCUAAAGACCUUAAACUUGAAAAGAUUCAAGAUGAGAUUGGAGAAAAGAUAGGGUAUUCUGACAACAGGUGGAGAAAUAAACGUAUUGAGCAAAAAGCUAUAGACAUAUACAGAGUCUUGAGUAACAGGAAAUUUGUUUUGCUAUUGGAUGAUUUAUGGGACCGGGUUGAUCUAACUAAGAUUGGAGUUCCUAUACCAGACCAACAAAAUAACUCCAAGGUAGUCUUCACUACACGUUCCAAAGAGGUGUGUGGUCUGAUGGAAGCCCAUAAAAGGUUCAGAGUAGAAUGCUUGCCACCACCUUUUGCUUGGCAUCUGUUUCAAAGGAAAGUUGGAAAUGACACUCUCAACCUGCAUCCAGAUAUUCCUAAGCUCGCAGAAACUGUGGCCAAAGAGUGUGCUGGUUUGCCAUUAGCACUUAUUACUGUUGGUCGAGCCAUGGCCUGCAAAAAGACACCAAAAGAAUGGAUUCGUGCAAUUGAGGUUUUAAGAAAAUGUGCCUCCGAAUUUUCAGGUAUGGGGGAUAAGGUCUUUCCUCUUUUGAAGUUUAGUUUUGAUCAUUUGCCUAAUGAGAAAGUAAGAUGUUGCUUCUUAUAUUGUACCUUAUUUCCAGAAGACUUUGUCAUUCACAAAACUGAUUUGAUAGAUUAUUGGAUUUGUGAGGAACUUUUGGAUGAAGGUAAUGACAGAAAUGGAGCUCAAAACCAAGGGUAUGACAUUAUUGGGACUCUUGUAUAUGCAUGUUUAUUGGAAGAAGAAGGUGAUUAUGUGAAAAUGCACGAUGUGAUUCGUGAUAUGUCUCUGUGGAUAGCCAAUGAGUGUAAAUAUUUUGAGGAACGUUUUUUGGUGCAAGCAGGUGUUCGAUUAGUUGAAGCCCCGGGGAUCAAAAAAUGGGAAACAGUAAGAAGGAUAUCACUAAUGGCAAAUUGUGUUCAAAGUCUAAUGGAAACACCUUCAUGUCCCAACCUGCUAACUUUGUUUCUCAAUGAAAACACAUUAAAUACUAUAACUAAUGACUUCUUCCAAUCUAUGCCUAAUCUAAGAGUGUUAGACUUGUCCAGUAACAGUGGGAUAACCGAACUCGCCCAAGGGAUUUCAAAACUUGUUUCCCUAAAAUAUCUCAAUCUAUCCAAGACAAGUAUACGACAGCUGCCAAAUGAGCUCAAGUCCCUGGAAAAGCUGGAAUAUUUGAACUUGGAGCAUACAUUUGCACUAAAUACAAUUCCAUGCCAACUGAUAUCUAGCUUUCCAUUCUUACAGGUGCUGAGAAUGUUUGGUUGCGGUUCUUCUGAUCUAGUUGUGCACGGUAAUCUACUGUCUGGGGGAAAUGAGUGCUUGGUACAGGAAUUGCAGUGUCUGAAAAAAUUGAGCAUGUUGAGUCUCACGGUGAAGAGCGCUUCUGCACUUGAAGGAUUUUUAAGUUCCCACAAGUUCAAGAGCUGUGCUCGAGACCUAUGCCUUGAGUUUUUAAGUGGUUCAAAUGUUCUAAAUAUUUCAUGUUUAGCAGAUAUGAAGCAACUCAAUAUGCUAGAAAUCUCUGAUUGUAACAGUUUAGAAGAGCUGAAGCAUGAUUGGUUGCAGGAACCAAGAAAGAUACUCACAUCUAUUGAUUUCCACAGCUCAAUGAUCCUCAAGGACAGAUGCUUCAACAACCUUCAAAGAGUAAGUGUAGAUAACUGUAUACGAUUGGGGGAUUUGACAUGGCUCAUGCUUGCUCCAAACCUUGCUAGUCUUUGCAUAUCAAGAUGCUCCCAAAUCAAAGAAAUAAUCAGCACAGCAAAAUGCGGCAGACUUGCAGAGGUACUACUAGGAAGUAUUAAGCCAUUUGAAAAACUUGAAGUUCUCCACUUGUCCUACCUACCAGAACUAAAAUGCAUCUACCAGGAUCCCCUUCCAUUUCUAAGUCUCAAGAAAAUCUCCAUAUUUGGGUGUCCAAAGCUUACGAAGCUUCCGGUCAAUGUACAGAACGCUGAAGGACAUGGCAUUGCCAUUCAUGGAUGGGAAUUCUGGUGGAAAGAAUUAGAAUGGGACGAUGAGACAACUAAAAAUGCUUUUGUUCCCUGUUUCAAAUCUAUGCCCCUCAAUAUCUCACUACAGUGA